AUGGCGCUGCGGCCGGGCCCCGGAGCUGGCGGCGGCGCUGGGGCCGCGGGAGGGGGCGGAGUAGCGGGGGUGGCCGGAGCCGGCAGCGCUGGGACCGCCGGCUUCAUGUUUCCUGUAGCAGGUGGUAUCGGCCCACCAGGUGGUAUGAUUCCUAUUCAACAGCAAGGGUUUCCGAUGGUAUCUGUCAUGCAAUCUAGUAUGCCAGGCAUGAUGGGAAUGAAUUACGGCUCUCAGAUGUCUCCUGGACCGAUGACCAUGCAGGGUGGCAUGCCCCUUGGGGCUAUGCAAGCAACUGGUAUGUCUUUUAUGGGACAGGCUUCUUUCUUAGGAAUGCGCCCAGCAGCUCCACAAUACACCCCCGACAUGCAGAAACAAUUUGCAGAAGAGCAACAAAAAAGGUUUGAACACCAGCAAAAAUUCUUAGAAGAAGAGAGAAAACGACGCCAGUUUGAAGAGCAGAAACAAAAGUUGAGGCUCCUGAGCAGUGUGAAACCAAAGACAGGUGAGAAGAGCAGAGAUGAUGCUUUGGAAGCUAUUAAGGGAAACUUAGAUGGGUUUUCAAGAGAUGCUAAAAUGCACCCCACUCCAGCAUCACAUCCAAAAAAACCAGAUCACCCUAUGCCAUCACAUUCUACUGUAUCUGUCUCCCAACCCUCUGCUUUUCUUGAUGAUGAAGAAUUUAGUGACUUUAUACAAGGGUCUGUUGAAACCCCACCAUUGGUGCCUCAGUCCUCUUUUCAGUCUUACCACCCUACCACCCAGGCUCGGCAACUGCUUUCAGAAAAGGCUCUAGUCAAACCUCUGCCUUCAGUCCAGAUUCCAGUAUCUUCCAUCCUGCACGAUACCAUUGGGCAGGUUCCUUAUUUCUCUACCUCUACAUCUUCGCACAAAACCCAUAAAACAGGCCAUUCCUUGGAGGACUCGCUCUUAAUUUAUGAUUUAAGUGCAUCUGGACAGGAGCAAACCAAACUUAAAACAUCUGAAAUUGAGCAUAAAGCCUCAGCCGCAAGCCAAGUUCAUCCCAGUGUAACCGUGAAUAACGGGAAUGCUGUAGGUGGACUUGUAAGUGGUACAACCGCUGCAGAGGUGUACAAGGCUUCACAACAAAACAUAGCAGUUGAAGAGUGUGGUGUUGGAGUAUUCCCUUCCCAAGAUCCAAUCCAGCAAAUGAUGCCACCUUGGAUUUACAAUGAAAGCUUGGCUCCAGAUUUGUAUAAGAAAAUUUUAGAAACCACUAUGACUCCUGCUGGAAUAGAUACUGCUAAACUGUAUCCCAUUCUGAUGUCAUCUGGACUUCCCAGGGAGACCCUUGGACAAAUAUGGGCCUUAACCAAUCGUACCACACCUGGAAAACUUACCAAAGAAGAGCUUUAUACUGUCCUGGCUAUGAUAGCAGUAACUCAGAGAGGAAUACCUGCAGUGAGUCCUGAUGUUUUAAACCAAUUUCCAACUGCUCCUGUCCCUACUUUAAGUGGAUAUCCAAUUUCAUUGCCUGCCACAGUGAAUCAACAGCCUAUGAGGCCCUCUGGACCACCAGUCUCCAUGCCUCUUAAUAUUGGACAGGCAGUCAUAGGAGUGAACAUAACUCCACCAGUGGGUGGAGCUGCAGCACAGGUUUCUAGUGGUUUCAUGCCAUCUUACCCCACAAACCAGGUAGUUAAACCAGAAGAUGAUGACUUCCAGGAUUUUCAGGAUGCUUCAAAGUCUGGCUCACUCGACGAAUCUUUCUCUGAUUUCCAAGGGGAGGGACCUGGAUCCUCCAAAGCAACCAGUUCUCAGCACCGGAGCAGUGUUCCUCCUUUGCUGAUUCCACUCCCUGGCACUAAAACACCUUCCUCAACGGAUAAAUAUGCUGUGUUUAAAGGAAUUGCAGUUGAAAAGCCUUCUGAAAGUGCAGCUAUGUUUGGAGAUUAUGGAGACAAAUACAGUGCUUUCCGAGAGUUAGAACAACCAUCAGAGAGUAAAUACUUAGGAGAUAGCUUUGCAGAAUUCAAAUCUGCAGGAACCGAUGAUGAUUUCACAGAUUUUAAAACCGCUGACAGCAUCUCGCCACUAGACCCACCUACAAAAGAGAGAACUUUCCCUGCAUCCUUCCCCUCUCUACCUGCACAGCUAAAACAACAAACACAAGCAAAAACCUCUCUGAAUCUGGCAGACCUAGAUCUCUUUUCCUCCACUGGAGAGAACAAACAACUUUCAUUUCCAGCUGCAUUUAGUUCAUCAAAAUCAACCUCUUUCCCUGCACCACCACCUUCAACAUCUGCUGCUGCUCCUCCACCAGCACCCAGUAAAAGCUCGAGCUUGGCUGACGACUUUGGAGAAUUCAACCUUUUUGGGGGAUUGUCUAAUUGUGUAUCAGUUGGGGGACAAGAUGACUUUGCAGAUUUUAUGGCUUUCAAUAAUAGCAGUGGCUUUUCUGAACAAAAAAUGGAUGACAAAUACAAAGCUGUUAAGCAAGAGGCCAGUCCUGUUCCUGCAACUGGCUCCUCUCUCAGUGCAAUGAAAAGUGGGCAGAAUUCUGCCGCUGCUGCUCCCACCAAAUAUGAUAUCUUUAAACAGCUUUCUCUGGAGGGCUCUGGAACAGGUGUUGAGGAAAUGAAAGAAAGCUCCCCUUCAGUGAAAAGUGAUGAUGACUUUUCCGACUUCCACUCUAACAAGUUUUCUUCUAUGAGUAGUAACAUGGAUAAAUCCCUGGUAGACAAAGUGGCAGCUUUCAAGCAUGCCAAGGAAGACUCUGCUUCUGUCAAGUCUCUGGAUCUCCCCUCCAUCGGGGGCAGCAGUGUCGGCAAGGAGGAUUCUGAAGAUGCGCUCUCUGUUCAGUUUGACAUGAAACUGGCCGAUGUGGGAGGAGAUCUUAAGCAUGUCAUGUCUGAUAGCUCUUUGGAUUUGCCAACAGUUAGUGGCCAGCAUCCACCAGCAGCAGAUGACUUAAAAUGUGCUCCCUUUGGAAACUAUAACAGUGGCUCUGCAGUAAGCAGCCUUGCAAGCUAUGACUGGUCUGACACAGAAGACAUUCAUCAGAGCAGGAAGCUCUCUUCCUUUGUCCUUUCUUCAGGAAGUGGAGCCUCUUCAGCUACUUCAGUUCUUCAGAAGAAGGAGACUUUGUUUGGCAGUUCAGAAAACAUUACCAUGACAACAGUUUCCAAAGUGACAACCUUUUCUACUGAGGAUGUUCUACAGGAUGUUAAAUUUGCAGCCUUCGCGAACUUUAAAGAUCCUGGUCCCAGGUCCAGCUGUCAAAGUGAUGAUGAGAUUGAAGGCUUCGGAGAGUUCUCAAGACCUUUGUCAGAAGCAAAGGAGUCAGCAACAGCUGACACGAGCCCAGAGCUUGACUUAGCUGCUGAUGGUAUCUUACCUGAAAUGGCAAAAGAAUGCAUGGAUGACUUCGGAGAAUUCCAAAGCGAAAAGCUAAAAAUCAGCAAAUUUGACUUCCUGGUGGCAACUUCGCAAGGCAAGAUGAAAUCUAGUGAAGAAAUGAUCAAGAGUGAGCUUGCUACCUUUGACCUCUCUGUUCAAGGGUCUCACAAAAGGAGCUUCAGUCUGGGUGACAGAGAAAUAAGCCGUACCUCUCCUUCACCAGCUUUGGAGCAACCGUUUAGAGAUCGCUCCAAUACUCUGAGUGAGAAGCCUGCUUUGCCUGUCAUCAGAGACAAAUAUAAAGAUCUAACUGGGGAGGUAGAGGAAAGCGAGAGGUAUGCAUAUGAGUGGCAGAGAUGUUUGGAAAGUGCCCUACAAGUCAUUAAGAAGGCAAAUGAUACCCUAAAUGGAAUCAGUAGUUCAUCUGUUUGCACUGAAGUAAUCCAGUCAGCACAAGGCAUGGAAUAUUUAUUGGGGGUUGUUGAGGUCUAUAGAGUAACAAAACGAGUUGAACUGGGUAUCAAGGCCACCGCAGUGUGUAGUGAGAAACUCCAACAGCUGCUAAAGGACAUCGAUAAAGUAUGGAACAACCUAAUAAGCUUCAUGUCACUUGCAGCUUUAACGCCAGAUGAAAACUCAUUGGAUUUCUCUUCUUGUAUGCUGCGUCCGGGGAUUAAAAAUGCCCAAGACCUCGCCUGUGGGGUGUGCCUCUUGAAUGUGGAUUCUAGAAGUAAAAAAGAAGAGAAACCUGUGGAAGAGCAUCCUAGAAAAGCUUUUAAUUCAGAAACAGAUCAUUUCAAACUGGCUUAUGGAGGGCACCAGUACCAUGCAAGCUGUGCAAACUUCUGGAUCAACUGUGUGGAGCCGAAACCUCCAGGCCUCAUUUUGCCAGACCUGCUUUGAAAGGACUUAUGCUGAAGGAGGGAUCACGUCAGUCAAUGACAAGACAUGGUCUUGAUGGUGGUGAUGUAGGGGAAUAAACACUGAAGGCUUUUUUGGGCAGUGGUUAGAGUAGUGAAAUGUUCAUUUCUGCAUUUCUUCUGUACUGCAAUGGGUCAAAACCACUCUCUCAUACGAGUUCCCAUGAAGAAUUUCACUGGAAGGUUCAAGCCAUCAUUGAGGUUUUCAGAAAUAAUCAGAGAAUUUUGCUCUGUGGCAUUUCAAUCUCUCUCUCAAGCUGAAACUGGUGAGCACUUUUUGAGAUGUAGCAACUCACUGUGGUAAUCAAGGUAAAUUGACGCAUGAGUGGAAUAGGUCUUACCGUUUCAAGAAAGAGAUGAAAUACUAGGCUGUGUGCAUUUAAACUGGAACGGCCUCUUAACCAAAUGCGUGAAAUGUGUAUUUGCUAACUGUUCUUUCCUCUAAUUUUAAUUUAUGAAACCAGAGUGGUGUGUUUUCUUCGAUAUUUGCUCCUACAGUAUUACAAUGCACAAGAAGUGACAGUAAUGUUCAAGGAGAAAUAAGUUAUUGACCUAGAAGGAAUUGGAUUGUUAGGUUGCAAUGAGCCAUUGUUUAUUUAUAGAAUUAUUGUUCUGUAUUACAGAAUACAUUUUAUUCAUACAUUUAGUGGCUUAGUAUUGGGAGAAGAAACUGGGAUAAAAAUCAUUGUAUCUAAAUUUUUCGUACCAUAUCUUUAGGCUUCAGUACAGGCAGCUGGAUUUUAAAACUUGCAGUCUCUUCUACUUUGAUGUAAAUACUAGACCAACCCUUUUCCCCUUUAUUGGACUUGUCCCACAACUGCAGAUUUAAGGGGAUAUAUUUUCAAAAUGAUGUAUUAUGCAUUUAGCCCUCUGCGCUUUAUUUUGUAAUUAUAUAACUAAGUUACUGUACAUCAUGUUGAAAAUCAUACCCUACUAAUAUCAAAUGCUCACUCCUGUAUAUUUCACUACACAUUUAUAGUGUAUAAAAAUGCUUUUCUUGAUGGGACUCCUAUGCAUAUCUCAUGCAAUUUAAUGUUGUCCAUCAAGGCUUGCUUUUUCCCAGACUGCCAGAACUGAUGGCACUGGUUGCCUUUGAGUUCAUAGUUCAGACAGAUAUUAGCUUUUUCAUGCUGGAAUUCGAGAUUUCCCAGCAGACUGCACAAAUGCGAAAUACAUGGGCGCUUUUGGCCAGGGCUGCUGUCUGGAUAGUAAGUGAUUAAUGUAUCAGGCUAUGACAUGAUGUUACUCACAAAUCUAGAUGUAGAAGAUUCUUUCUUUAGAUACAACAUCCAGGUGACAGUGCAGAAUACAAAAGUAAAAUAAGUUUACUGUGAAGACAACUUCCCAGUUCAGAAAGAACAUAACAGUGCUUGAACUUCUGAAUUACUCAUUGCUUUACAGAAUUUUUAAUCCAAUGGAAAUGUGCUUUUGUUUCAAAAGGGCCUUACCACUAUAUGGCCUCUUAGUUUUGACUCUGAGGUAAGCAAGAGUUGCGUUUGUUUCCUCGGUAUAACUGAUGAUUUCAUCGUUCAUUGAUUUAUUGUAGUUUCUCAAGAAGACCUUGAGAGAAGCUUCCUUCUUUCCAAGAUGUCAACAGCUGUCAAAGCAAGCCUUGUCUCUGUUCUAAGUAAAUAGCUAAUAUUGACCUGUGGUUUUGAUUUCCUGUGAACAAAAUUGCAUAGGGGAUAAAAAUAAUGGUUUGUAUAAAAGAUUAGUUCUAUUAACAGAUUAAUAUACGCCAAAUGAAAGAGAUCUCGGCUAAUAAGAAUGCUCGGUGAAUGACCCUUAUUUACGUGAAUUAAAUUUAAAAUAGAUCUUCCUAGUCUCAGAAACCUGCUUACUGAUCUAAUAAGUAACAUACUGCGCCUCCUGGAAUCAGACCCAAGCUAAUCAAGUGGCAGCUUUUCAAUAACAAAGUGUAUCGAAGCAAGCUGAUUUCUGUUUGGCUGGCCACUAUUUUACUUACCAGUUGUGUUGUAUAAGUGCAAUAGACCUCAGAACAGCUCAUUGUGACAAGAUAAUUUUCUCCCUCGUCAAAUGCUGUACAGGGACAAGGGAAGCUUUUUAUUAGCAUGGGCUUCCUCCGCGGCUCUUCUUCUGUUUUCAGUUUUAAGAGCAUGGCCCAAGCUAAAGUAGCUACAGUGUGGAAACUCUACAGCAAACUUGUAUUUCAAAUACAGUACUGGUCAUUGCACUGUGGCAAAAGUCGAUUCUAAUUAUGUUCUUUUUUUAAUGUACCCGCUUGUUAAGCAAAUAUGUUAUCUCUGUUAGAAGUAUCCAGCAUGUCUUUGGCACAUAAAUAGGGGGAAAGGGCAUAUAUGAGUAUAAAUACAGUUGAGCUUAUUGGAGUAUGGCACUACUAGUCCCCUGCUCUGUACAGAAUGGGAAAGCAGCAGCAGUGUUACAGUGAUCAUGUCAAGCAAAAGGGCAUUUUUCUAAACACCUUCAAAGGGUUCUCAUGACGUGAAUGUUUUUACAUUUAGAUACCACAAGAAGGAUCAUUCCACUUACGUAUCCUAGUCAUUAAAAUGACUCAGAAUUGCAUUCAGCUUCUGAGCUAUUGUACUGUUAGCCAAGGGCCCAGUGUCCUUGGAAACUGUAUCCAAGGUUACAAUAUUUUCUACACUGGAUUGUGUCGGACCACUUUACCUUGCUUUAAUUGAGCAUAGGUUAACACACACACUGAGACUUUUUGUCUCGGCCUAUGGUGUUUUAGAACUGUAAAUGAAUUUCUUUUUGGAUGUCGUCUGUUUCAUUAUCAAAAUUUGUGAACAUGAAUAUUUUUAAUGUACAUAUUCUCUGGAUUUGCCUUGAGAUUGCCUAAGGAAAAUUAUUUUUAUUUGUUUUUUUUGUGUGUAUCUUGAUUUUUAACAGGUUAUUUUCUUGGUUAAUUUAAUUUUUUUUCCUAUAUUGUACUCCAUAGGUUCCUAAUGGUGCAGUUUGUCUAAACUUCUCAGUUGAAAUAUACUAAAGUAAUCUUUCCUUCCAGUACUUACAGGCAUUAGGGACAAAUCAAACUAUAUCAAGAUCUCUCUUGAUAAAUUGGUUGUCAUGUGACUUUUUAAAUACCCCAGCAAUCUUUCCGACCUCUCUGUUAUAAAGUUUUUUUAAUUUGUUACAUGUGAAUUAUUACAUUCUGCACUUGAACAUUCCUGUGAAUUUUCAGCCCCAGCUGCAGUUUGUUUUUACUUAAGUUUAUUUUGAACUAAAUUGAGUAGCACUUUCUUGGAAAACCAUGUCAAAUGUGAAAUUACGAUGAAGUACAGCCUAAGAAAAGGAAACUUGUGAAAACCCAAGAAAUAUACUCUUUCCUACUUAGUUACAUGUUAAAUUAAUAAGACCUGGAACAAAGAGGAUGCCUUUUCAAUUAAAGCUGCUAUUGUACAACUACUUUUUUCUUAAAUAUCUUUUGCUCUCUGGGCCUUUAUUUAAUUCUGAUUCUCAAUGUUAAAAUGUAAAUGAAAUAGUUGUGUUUCUUCCUGCAUUUGGGUGAAUAUACAUUUCCCUUGUGUAGAUGGCUUUGUGAUUAGUGUAGCAGUGGAUCCUCUUGUUUUAAUUUGUGAUGUGCUGGAGUAGUUGCUGGUAUUUUAAACCUGGUAAGAAUAGUUUUUAUUAUUUUACCUUUUAAUAUAUUAUUUACUUCACAUAUUCUUGCAACAGUUUAUAAAUACUUUGUUGAAUCUCAAUGAAAUGUUGAUCUCAAUAAAGACCUCUUUAUUUAUGACAAA